AUGAAUAAUCAUAAGGACGAUAGGAUGAUUGAUUUCAACUAUGGCAUUAGCAGAUUCGUCGAUGAAAAAAUGUUUAUGCAGUUUCUGAAGCGCUUCGAAGCCAAAGAUCUCAACAACUCUCUAAAUGACAUCCAAUCUGCUUAUAAUUCACAAAAUUGGCCAGAGCUCAAAAGAAGCUCUCACUCUCUAAAAGGAUCCAGCGGAUAUGUCGGUGCCCUCAUCUGCCAAAAACUUUCAGAGAAUUUGCAAAAUCUGUGUGCUGAAAACCCUCCAAAAAAUCUAGAAGAGGUAGAUCAAGCAUUAAAGAAAUUAAUAGCCCACAUCAAUGAGCUGCAAAGCUACCUUACAAAUUAUUUUAAAAAACCUUCAGAGCCUGCUAAGCCAGAGAAAAAUAUUUCCGAUAAAGGCAAUGAAGAUAACAAGCCUUCUCCAAAAAUUAUUACGACGUUUCAUAAUGAUAAUAAAAAUUCAAAAGGCGAAGAAGAAAAGCAAGCCAGCGUGGAAGAAUCACAUAAGGCUGAAGAUUAGACUAGACUAGAUUAGUUAAAUUAUAGCGAGUCAAGAAUGCUCCUCUGGGUCCUUGCUGACUUCAGACCUAAGGAAACCCUAAGCCUGGUGUCUCAUAUCAGGCCCUUUUUUAUAUCGACAUCACUAGUCUCUUGGGGUGAGUCACCCUAACUGACUUUUGUCUAACUCUGCAGCAAUGACUCCUUUAACUCUGGCAGUGCUAAGGGUAUGGAGAAAGUGCCCAAAAUGCCUUCUUCUGUCUACAUUGCCUUUAGUAGGUAAAUAUUGCUUCUAGGAAGUAUGAACUGACUUUGCGCCUUCGAUCUCAUUGACUUGGGUUAUGAUAAAAUCCUGUCAUAGUGUCCUGGCCAAACAAAAACCUACCCGGACUUCUAAAAGAAUGAGAUCCACUUGCCUGGGCUGGGAUCAAAAUGCCAGUCACCCUGGACCUAUUCACCACUCUCCAUCUUUAAAAAAUAUAAGACUGAAGAAGAGCCUCAAAAAGAAUUAGACUCGCCGGUAUUUGUGGUAAAAAGGAUGGUUCCUCCUUCAUGCAAAAUUAAUGAAAAUGAUAAAAACACUCUAGAGGCAGAAAAUGAAAUUGAUUUGUAUGAUGAGAUUAACAAGCAAUGGAGAUGUGAGAUUAUAUAA